GCGGGCGGCGGCGGCGGCGGCGGCGGCGCGGGCCGGGUGCGCGGCGCAGCCUCCUGUGCUGGAAUGUGCGGCUCCCGCGAGCUUGCGGCGCAGCAGCAGCAGCAGCAGCAGCAGAGCGAGCGCCGCCGAGGCCCCGGACCCCAGACCUCGGCGGCGGCGGCCGGGACAGCAGGGCGAGGAGAGCCCGCGGCCUGAGCGCUCCGCAGCCUCCCCCACCCCCCACUCUCGGGCCUUCGCGGGCCCCGACGCCCAACUUUUCCACCCUCCCUCCCUCCCCCCCUUCCUCCCCCGAAACUCCUGCAACAAAGAAAAGUAGUCGGAGAAGGAUCGGCGACGCCAGGUCCGCAGCCCCUCCUGGCCGAGGAAGGCCGAAUACAGUCAUGGCCACCCAGGUAAUGGGGCAGUCUUCUGGAGGAGGAGGGCUGUUCAACGGCAGUGGCAACAUGGGCAUGGCCUUGCCUAACGAUAUGUAUGACUUGCAUGACCUCUCCAAAGCGGAAUUGGCUGCUCCUCAGCUCAUCAUGUUGGCAAAUGUGGCCUUAACCGGGGAAGUCAGUGGCAGCUGCUGCGAUUACCUCGUUGGCGAAGAGAGGCAGAUGGCAGAGUUGGUGCCUGUUGGGGAUAACAACUUCUCAGAUAGUGAUGGAGAAGGACUUGAGGAGUCUCCUGAAGUCAAAGGUGGACACAGUGGUCUGGAAAACAUGGAACUGGAAAGUUUGGAACUCAGUGUUGCAGAACCACAGCCUGUGUUUGAGGUCCCAGCUGCCCCAGAAGUUUACAGCUCAAAUAAAGAGCUUCCUCCCGAGACACCUGGAGCAGAGGACAAAGGCAAGACCUUGAAGACCAAACCCUUUCGCUGUAAGCCAUGCCAAUAUGAAGCGGAAUCUGAAGAACAGUUUGUGCAUCACAUCAGAGUUCACAGUGCCAAGAAGUUUUUUGUGGAAGAAAGUGCAGAGAAGCAAGCAAAAGCCAGGGAGCCUGGCUCUUCCACUGCUGAAGAGGGAGAUUUCUCCAAAGGCCCCAUUCGCUGUGACCGCUGUGGCUACAAUACCAAUCGAUACGAUCACUAUACUGCUCACUUGAAACACCACACUAGAGCUGGUGAUAAUGAGCGAGUCUACAAGUGCAUCAUCUGCACAUAUACCACAGUAAGCGAGUAUCACUGGAGAAAACACCUAAGAAACCAUUUUCCAAGGAAAGUGUACACAUGUAAAAAAUGCAACUAUUUUUCAGACAGAAAAAACAAUUAUGUUCAGCAUGUUCGAACGCAUACAGGUGAGAAACCAUUUAAAUGUGAUCAGUGCAGUUAUGUGGCCUCUAAUCAACAUGAAGUAACUCGCCAUGCAAGACAAGUUCACAAUGGGCCUAAACCGCUUAACUGCCCACACUGUGACUAUAAAACAGCAGAUAGAAGUAACUUCAAAAAACACGUGGAGCUACAUGUUAAUCCACGGCAAUUCAAUUGUCCGGUAUGUGAUUAUGCAGCUUCCAAGAAGUGUAAUCUGCAGUAUCAUUUCAAAUCUAAGCAUCCCACUUGUCCUAAUAAAACAAUGGAUGUUUCAAAAGUGAAACUAAAGAAAACCAAAAAACGAGAAGCUGACUUGCCUGAUAACAGUAAUACCAAUGAAAAAACAGAAACAGAGCCGAUAAAAGUAAAGGGAGAUGUAGCAGGAAAGAAAAAUGAGAAGUCUGUAAAAGUGGAGAAAAAAGAUAAUGCUUCAAAAGAGAAAAAGUCUAGUAAUGCUUCAAUCCAGGUGACUACCAGAACUCGGAAAUCGGCGAUGGAAGCUAGAGAGAUGGAUGUGCAUUCAAGAACCAAUUCAGAAAAAAACUGUAAAACCAAGAAAGGCAAAAGGAAGAUGGAAGCUGAAGCCCAUUCCUUACAAGAUCCUGUUAAUGAUAAGGAACCUGUGACAAAAAAGAAGAAGAAGACAGAAAGCAAACCCAAAAAUAGUCAGGAAGUACCAAAGUGUGAGAACAGAGUGGAGGAGAAUAAAAAACAGAAUACUUGUGUGAAAAAAAGUACGAAGAAGAAAACUCUGAAAAAUAAGUCAAGUAGAAAAAGCAACAAGCCUGCUCAGAAGGAGACUGUUCAGAGGGGGCCUGCUCAGACAGAGCCGCUGCCACCCAUGGAGCCGUCUCAGGUGGGGCCUGUUCAGACAGAGCCGCCUCCCGCACAGCCCGCUCCCAUGGAGGUUCCGAUGGAGGCGCCGCCUGCCCUGGAGCCUCCUCCUGCCGUGGAGCCGCCGCCUCUUACAGAGCCUCCAGUUCCCAAAAAGUCUCCUCGAAAAGAUAAUAAAAAGGAAAAGUCUAACGUGCAGAGUGAAAUGGCAAGGAAGGAGCAAGUCCUUAUUGAAGUUGGCUUGGUGCCUGUUAAAGAGAGCCAACUUCUAAAGGAAAGUGCAAGUGCACAGGAUUUCUUACCACCGUUGCCAAAGGAAAACCUAAAAGAAGAGGAGUCAAAAGACCAAAAAUUACUCACCGAAUGUGAAGGAAGUCAAGAAGCCCCCCUUCAAAAAGUAGAAGCAAAAGAGGCAAGUAAGAGUCUAGCAGUUGUCAAGGAAUCUGUCACUAUUUCAUCCUCAGAACAAAACUUGAAUAAGCUAGAGGGUGAAACUUCAGAUGGUAAACAUCAGACUGACACUAGGCUUUGUGAAAGCGAUAUGGAUACAGAUGAGAACACAACGGAGAAUCUCCCUGGGAAAGACUCAGCAGUUGAAGAAUCAGUUUCACCACUGCUUCCUCUGCCAACAGAAAAACCAGAAGCAGUGUCCAAAACUGCUGUAGCAUCACCUCCUGUUACCAUGGCAGUGAAUGAGUCUCAGGAAAUGGAUGAAGAUGAAGGUAUUCAUAGUCAUGAUGGAAGUGACCUAAGUGAUAACAUGUCGGAGGGUAGUGACGAUUCUGGAUUAAAUGGGGCCCGGCCAGUUCCACAAGAAGCUAAUAGGAAAAAUGCAAAGGAAGCCUCUACAGUCAAGGUGGCAGAGGGAGAUUUUGUUUGCAUCUUCUGUGACCGUUCUUUUAGAAAAGAAAAAGAUUACAGCAAGCACCUCAAUCGCCAUUUGGUUAAUGUAUACUUCCUUGAAAAAGCAGCUAAAGGGCAGGAGUAAUUAAACUUUGGAAAAGGCUUCAAUUCUUAGUUUGUGAGGUCCUAUCACAUUUUAUAUACCUUUAAACUAGUAGACAACGAUUUAAUUUUAAAAUUGCUUUAAUUGGUGUCCAAUGUUGAUUUUAAGUGGCACUCUUUUUCUUAUGACUCUACCUAUUGUAUCCAUUUUAGCAAAUCCAAGGGAGUUAGUGUACUAAACCAGCAGACACCUAAAUCUGUUAGCUUACACAUUUAAUUGAAACUAGAAGGCCAAGGUGGCAUAGCAUUUUAUUGCUUUGUCUAUUAUAACUUGUCAGUUUCCCUCUAAUGUCUGUCUUCCUAUUUCAGUUUAGUUUAUUCUUAGUUUCUUCUGUAGCUCUAUAAAAAUUGGCAUGCUUAAAUAGCAAAUUACUUGAAGAAUUUGCCUGCUUUAUAUACAGUUAGCACUUUAAAAAAUUUUUUAGAGAUGAGAAGAGACAUUCAAAUUGAAGAAAAAUUCUCCAAGCAAUGGACAUUGUUUCAGUCCAGGUAUUUACUCCUGAGUUUUGAUCAAUAUUUCUUAUUUGUGUAUGUUAAUCGUCAUAAAAACAAUGAUUUUGGUGUUUCUUUUAUUUUUAAUUUUGGUGCUUUAAUGGCUUAAGAUAUUGCACAUUGUGUUUUUUUUUUAACCUAUGCAGUUAAAUUUCUUCCUAGUAGUAAAGUAGCAUUUGUGUUGAACAGUAACACUUUAUACAUAUAUAUGCAUGUUUAUUUUGUCCUCUUUGGAGGGAUGCUUUUAGUUUUGUUUGCAAAAGGGCAGUUUUUCUUUUGCUGCAGUUAUCUUUUUUGCAGAAUAUUAUUAGUGUGUGCAAGUUGGUGAGCAAAUGAAACAUACAGGUUCAAGUCAUUGAUUUUCACAUCUUAUAUCUAUACUAGAUCUGUAUUUCCUAUAAGUUAUUUAUUUUAAAUGGAUGUAGUAAAUUCACAGCUCUCAACUUGACCUUUGCAAUAAAUGAACCACUAGAAUAUAUUGAUGGAUUUCUCUCUCAAAUACCAACCAUAAGUAAAAUUUAUUGGCCUAUUUUAGUAUACUACUACUUAAAUGUACAGUGUUAAGUCAUAUUUUUGAGGAAAACCUUCUUUCAUAGAUGGUUGGUAUCCUAUGGCUACUCAGAUGGGUAAAGAAUUGUGACAUUUGGGAAUUAUAAACAGAGACAUAACAUCUUCAAAUUAUACAGAAUAUCAGUUGUGAGAUUACAAAGCCAUAAUAAUUAUACAAAAAACUUAGAUGAGAAAAAGUUAGUAUGAGUGCUGAUAGACCAGCCACAACUUCCUAUGAAUACAAUGAAAAAGGCUGGUGAACCUUAAUUACAGUCCAAAUUUAAAAAUCACACUAUCUCAGGGAUCUCCACAAACAUGAGUGGGUUUCCUGGCUGUCACUGUGACAGCCUCUUUGUACAGGUGAGGCCUCAAAUGAAUUGCAGCUAUCUUGGUGUUCCUACUCUUUGUAGGAAAAAAUGUGUACUCCCAAAUUUAUUUUGUUUUGAUAGGUUCUUUGGCCAGUCGCCAAAGAAUAUGAAAGAAUCCAACAGGAUUUUUUUUGUCGAUAGUAGUUAUUCAUUGCAGUAAAAAUAAACUAUGAUCCCAAUAGAGAAUCUUAAACAAUUCUGAUCUUCCAUUUCCUGUUCUGAAAUAACCAUUUUAUAUUUCAUUUAUUUUCUUCUCUCUGGUGAUCUCUUUGAGGUGUAGGUUGCAGAGUGUGGUAGUGCAACAUGAAAAAAAGAUUAGGAAAAGCGUUGAUGAAGUGUGGGUGGAAAACUUGUUAAAAAUCUAAGAGUGAAGUUUGAGUUAAAAGAUAUUUGAACUUUGAAUUGACUGGGAGGCCAAAGAUUCAAAGAAGAUGAUUCUCUCAAGACAAUAGGAGUAAAUUGUGUGUUAAUAGUGUGUUUUGUGUGCAUGAAUGGAAAUUUGUAAAUGAUGUUGAAUUCUAGGUGAAUUCUUGGCUCCGACAAUCAUUGUCAACAGAAGAUCAAGCUGCAAAUAUUUAUGUUUUAAAAUUUAAAUUAUAAAGCUAGUUUAAUCUUUCUAACAACUAGUUUUGAUGUUCAUGGGUACAUUUUAUGUAAGUUACCUUUUACAUUAUAUAUGAAAAGAUUCAUGUUAAGUACAGAUUGGAGAUUAGGAAUCAAUUUGGGGGAGAGGUUUUUGUAGAUUCUUCUGUACUAAAGAAAAACAUUUGACUUCUUGGGGAUUGACUUAUUUUCUUAUCUAGUUUUAAAGAUGAGAAUGCUAAACAAAAAUAUGAAGGAAUUUAAAACCCCUUAUUGUUAAAUUGAUCCGUGAAAACAUUGUUAUUAGAAAUUGAGUUGGGCUUCUCAAGCCUUUCUUCCAGAAAACAAGAACUUGAUUGUCAGGCCUAUAUUAGGUUCUGAACCCUAAUGCCAUGUAUUUGUGCUUAUUAAAAAUUGUUUUAGUGAAAAACAUAUUAAUAAUACGAACUUCUGGUCUAGUUGGGAGUUCUUCCAUUUGUAAAAUGUGAUAUUUGCAUGAAACCGAAUCUUUGUGUUUUCUCCUCCACUGGAUAGAAUUUAAGCUAGACUUCCCUUUUGAUAAAGGAAAAAAAAAAAAAUGAACAAGUUAUUUGUAAAUUGAUGUCUAGUGACUAGAGAUAAACUUGAAAUACUAGAAUACAUUAUAAGCCUAAUCCUAGGUAGUCUUAUGAAAAUGUAUCUCUUAACUAUCUUUUGAAUCUAUUGUUUUCAAUAUAUUUUAAGUUAUAUAUUUUUUCCUCUUUUUCAGAGCUGCUUCUUUCAGGCGCUUUUUUAUUUUAUUUUAUUAAAGUAUAAUUUACAAGGGGCAACAUUUUUUUUUUUUUUUUUUUUUUUAACAAGGUUUCUUAUAACUAUGGCAGGAUGUUUUCACUAGUCUUCCAAGGAGGGUCAUUUUAUUUUUUAGAGUCACUUCUAAAGUCCUGUGGUCUUUAACUUAGGGACUAUUUUUUAUAUGAAUGCUAAUAUUUAAACCCAAGUAGACCUCAUUACAUGUCACCCUAUGAAUGUUGACAAUGGAAGGGACUACCUUGUCUGUAGUGUAUCAGUUCUGGACUGAAAAGCUGGGAAAGGAAUAUAAUUUUCUUUUUUGCAUAAGUCAGAAAAAUAGCUAGUGUGUGGAGUUUCCUUCUUGACCUCAGCAGAUAAACAGCUAAUAGUGUUAGUUCAGAUUCAGGAAAUUAUCUGAAUCCUGGUUUGUGUAGAUUUAUAAUCUACAUGCAAUAUUAACUAAAUCAAAUACCUUUUCAGUUUCACAUGUAUACAUAGACUUUCCCCACUCUUUUUAGCAUCCAUUAGUUAGAUAUUGAACUUUGUAAACUGGCAUUGAAAAAUUGCAACACUGUUUUUGUUGUACCAAUUUUAUAAACUUACAGUGCAAUACGUGUUAUUUUUUCAGACAAACCAAAGGUUAAUUUCUCAAGGUUCUUGCUGCCUGCUUUUGCAGCUUUGGAGGAUCUUUUAUAUACAUUUGUAAUAGAUGAAAAAUAAAACUGCAAAUCUUUUUCUCUUUCUUUUUUUUUUAUGUUUAAACUAUGUACCAAGUUUUUGGUCGAAAUCAUGUAAAAUAAGUUAAACUUAAAUUGCAUUCUAUUAACCAAUAUGAGUGUAUUUCUGUAAGCAUAGUUAUGUUGAAAUAAAGUUUUAAAAAGCA